AUGGUCCCCUCUCUGCACUUCAAAGCCGGGAUGUUAUCUGUUUCUAUCAAAAUUUUUCAUAUGCGUAGCUUGAAGGAAGUGUUGAGAUCAACACUUCAUGCUGUCAAACAAAUCACUGAAGAGAUCAAACCUCAAACUGUCAAUCAAUCAUCAUGUCAUUCAGCCAGGAGGAACGUUAACGACGUUAUCAUUUAUGUGUAA